GGCGCGCUCGGCACCCUCGUUUCCCGGUGGAACUAAGAAGCUUGACUUCCCGUGGCCAGCCCCAGGCCUCCCUUUCUGGAAGUGGCAGAGCCGGAGUUAAAGCCUGGACCUGCCUGGAAGUCUCAAAGAGGCUGUUCUUUUGGAUUUUGCUUAAGGCAUUCUGGUCUGGAAUUUGGAGGUCCACCUGCCUCUGCCUCCUGAGUGCUGGGAUUAAAAAUAUGGGUUUUAGUUAGGUUUAACCUGUUUUGUCUUGAAACACUGUGGCAUUCCAUAGUCCAGGUUAACUUGGAGCUCACAGUGUAGUCUAGGUCGGCUUGGAACUUGGGGUGUUCCCACUGCUUCAGCCUUUAGAGUGACAGUAACAAGUGUGUGCCACCAUGCUUGGCUAGAUUACGUAUUAGCAGGUACCUGACUGUAGUGAUAGUUUAUUUGUAUUUUAAUAAAGCUUGCCUGAAGUUGAGAGAGUAAAACAGCCCCACUGGUCAGUCUUACAGACCAGGCAGUGGUGACGCACGCCUUAAAUCCCAGUAGCCACACUAGUUUGCCAUAGAAACCUGGCGAUAGUGGUACACAUCUUUAAUCCCAGCCCUGGAGAGGAAUAUAAAACGGUAGGAGACAGCUCUCACACACAGUCUUAUUCUGAGAUUCCUGGAGGCAGGAUCGCCAUUUCGGACAGAGGUGGAGUGAGCAGCCAACCGAUGUGGAACGAUGGCACUGAGCCACUCCGUGAAGGAGCGAACCAUCUCUGAGAACAGCCUGGUCAUCCUGUUGCAGGGCCUCCAGGGCCAUAUCACCACCGUGGACCUCCGGGAUGAGAGUUCGGCCCGAGGACGAAUUGACAAUGUUGACGCUUUCAUGAACAUCCGCCUGGCCAAUGUCACCUACACCGACCGCUGGGGACAUCAGGUUGAGCUGGAUGACCUCUUCGUGACAGGCCGUAAUGUCCGAUACGUCCAUAUCCCAGAUGAUGUGAACAUCACUGCCACCAUCGAGCAGCAACUGCAGAUCAUCCACCGCGUUCGCAACUUUGGCGGCAAGGGUCAAGGUCGGCGAGAGUUUCCCUCCAAAAGGCAGUGAGGCUGUGUCCUCACUGAACUUCCAGCACCACCUCAGGGUCCUUAAGUGUUCUGAGCCAACCCCCUGCCGUCCUUCCCUACCAGUGACCUGGGUCUACAAGACACCUAUCACAGCUGCCUUUCAUAGGGUUCCACUUUCCAGACACACUCUGGGACCCAGAAUUCCUUCUGUCUGUGGCCUUGGGGUAGGUGACAAUCCCUCUUUUUGAUCCUUUGCAUCUGGAAUCUCCAUUUAUGGAUUGACCGCGUCUAUCAAGGAGCAAUCAACUCUGCCACGAGGAUUAUUGUGUUUGGAGUGAAUCACCUCUACCUCCCCUCUUCUCUUGGCAUUUGUUUCUUUUCUCAUAAAACCAAACUUACAUAAGUCUGUGCCUGAUGCUGCCUGGUUUCUGCUGGGCUCUUGUGGCUCUUGUGUAGUAGCAGGGUGCAGGUUCCAAGCUGGGGAGCACACCAGGUUUACCUAGGAUGUGGCCCAAGCAGUAGGAGACUAGGUUUUUCCCCCAGGUAUCAUGAUAGAAUCUAACAGGAAUGCCCCUGUGCCUUCAGGUACAAAGUGGCCCUUCUGGGGAGAGUCCCUGGGGAGCAGGUUGUCACUGCUGUUUCCUGAAGCUGAGAGUAUGGUAUCCUGGGCCCUCUCCUCAGGCUGGAGAGUUCAUCUUACAAGAAACUGGUCCCAGCCAGACAUAGUGGCUCUCAGGAGGCUAAGACAGGAUGACAAGCUAGAGCUAAGACAGAAAUCCUGUCUCAAGAAACAAAAACAGGGCUAGAGAGAUGGCUCAGUGGUUAAGAGCACUGCCUGUUCUUCCAAAGGUCCUGAGUUCAAUUCCCAGCAACCUCAUAGUGGCUCACAACCAUCUGUAAUG